AUGAAAUACUCCCAGUUAAUUUCAUUUUUUAUUAAAUUAUUUAAUUAUACACGUUAUAAUUUGGUAAUAAAAGAAGAUAUUGCACAAAUAUCAGGAGACUGGAUGAAAGAAUUUUGUGAUCAAAAUAUUCGAAUAAUUCGAUCAGUAGAUCAACAAGAUGACAGAAAUUUAUCGACAAUUUUAAUUGAACUAUUAAACGAAUAUAAACAAGAUGAAAAGUUGACAAUUAUUUCAUUGAAAAAUUUAAUAGCACAAGUUUCAACUGGUGAAGGAAAAUCUUUAAUUAUUGCCACAAUUAUGAUAAUUAAAUGUGUACUUAGCGAAAAAGAGCAUUUUUAUGGGAAACGAAUUUUAGAUGAUCAAUAUGAAAAUGGACGAAAAACUAUUCUUGUUGAUGAAGUUGAUUCAAUGUUAUUAGAUAAAGAAAACUGUGUUUUAUAUUUGGCACAUCAGCCAUCAAAUUUAGAUUCACUAGAAUCUGUUUAUGUUUUUAUUUGGCAAAUGAUUGUAUUGAAUAUAUAUAAAUUAACAAAAAAUCGUGUAAUAAUUGAAGAAUUUUGGAAUAAAUUAAAUGAAAAUAAUAACAUUGAUGAAUCAGGUAAAAUUUUAUUAUCUGAAAAUAUUAAAUUUGAAAAUGAAAAUUUAAAUGAAUUUUUUUUAAAAUCGAUAGAAUAUUUAUUUGAUAAAAUUAUUAAUCAUGAAAAACAAAAAAUUCAAAUAUCAAAUUAUUUAAAAUCAUUUGUUGAACAACAUUUAACUAUAUGGAUUCAAAGUGGAAUAAAAGUAUUUCAAAUGGAAGAAGGUCGAAAUUAUAUUAUUAAUGUUAAUAAAACUUUAACUUAA